AUCUUACAAAGUCGGACGGCAUCUUGCCUCCCUCGGUUUUAUACCAAGCAAAGAACAAAUGUGCCGGUAAAUUUCUCUGUAGAUUCACCAAUGACGCCACCAGCUAUUCAGAAGCCCACCCCGAACCAUGUCUCUCUGCUCAGCCGUAAACAGGUUAGCUUCUCAGAAGCUGGGCUGACCGGAGUCGAAGGUGCCCGGGAGGUCAUUGCGGCAAUUUCAUGCCGCAAACAAGUAACGACGCUCGCCCUCAGUCAUAACCAUCUCGGAGACGAGGGCUGUAUUGAAUUAUUCUCGUAUUUGUGUUCGUCAGAAGGUCGGAAGUACCAGAUCACAGAUAUCAGCUUGGUGCACAACCAUCUCCGUGAUCGCUCGCUUUUGGCUAUCAGUGAAUACAUCAGAGGCAACACGUCCCUCAAAGAACUUUGGCUGCAAUAUAAUGCUUUCAGCGGCGCUCAAGACGACGUUAUUCCUUUUGUAGAAGCCCUGAAUUCGUCUCGAGUCGCGAUGCUUACAUUCUCCACAAAUCGUGGUGAUGGCGAUGCCUUGAUAUCUCACCUGCUGAAUACCCUCGACAGCCCAACACUGCAAGAAAUUCAUUUUUCUAUGGCUACCCUUACUUAUGGUUCUGUGCCUCACAUCGUUCAAUUUGUUUCCUCCCCACGGUGUCGUGCGCACACUGUACGGGCGAGUGGCAAUAAACUCGGCGUCCGUGGCGUUCGCGAGAUUAUCGAGACCGUGGAACGUAGCAAUUUCUCCCUGCUCAAGUUCGACUUGUUCGCCAAUGGCCUUGAGGAGGGCGAGGCAGAUACUGACGUUGAGGAGCGUAACAGUGCGGAGGCUCUGCAGAAACUUUCUGCUCGUCUCAAAGCAGCGCUCUCGCGGAACGAUGGGUUGAGGAGGAAGACGGAGAAAGAUGCCUUCGUGUUACUUCGGCAUGCGCGGUCGGUUCUCCUCAGGACUUCCGGCAAUGACUCCACCACGCGUUACCCGUCCCUUACACCACGGUUGCCAAUCGAACUACAAUUGCACGUCCUCUCUUUCCUUGCACCCCAUUUAUCUACUUCCCAACGUCUUCGAAUAUUCAACUUUGCCUCGACAUCAUCCACUCUUCCUCGCCUCGCGCCCACACCUUCGGGACCUGGUUGCAUUCCUGACCCGGCAAGCAUGGCGUUUGGGGGUCCAGGUGCGCUAGGCGGUUUCAACAUGGCGGCGGUAUCUAAGGGCGGCGAGAAUUCAGGGUGUGCAAGUGGCAAGUGUAUGGGAACGGGCAACAGUUUGAUGUGUAGACGGGAGGGAGAGAGGUUGAAAUGGUUGGCAGAGUUUUCUUCUUGCAUCUCUGGACCCUUGUGACGCGCUCUAAUCAUCUCUCAUAACCCUAUAAUCUAUACCAGCAUGCAUGAUUACCCUUUUUGUAUUUUUCUCCGUCUAUAGGAAGGAAUUCAUUUUGUAUUAUACAAUUGACGUUCUCCUUGGUCAACUUCAGGAGGGGCUUGAGCCCUAGGCGCG